AUGACCUCACCACGGUCAAAUCCAGGCGCAUCCGCCCCAUCUACACAACCUCUCACACCUCCCGCCGAUGCGCCCUCAUCCACCAGCAACAAUCCCUCUCAAGCAAACAACCCAGCCACCACAACAGCCACCAACAACACCUCCACCAACCCCGGCCCAGCCAACGCAACCAUUCUCCCCGCCACCUCACUACAAGACACAGGCAAAUCCCGCCGCCCGCGCGAUGCGCGCCUCAUCCACAUGCUCCUCGCCUCUCUCGGCGUAACCGCAUACCAAGAACGUGUCCCCCUCCAGCUUCUCGACUUUGCUUACCGAUACACAUCCAGCACGCUGCAGGAUGCCGUCUACCUUGCCACGGAAGGGUAUCCGGGGGAGUCUGGGGGUGCUGGUACAUCUACUAGCAAAGGCGGCGGGGAUGGCAAGGCACAAGGCGGAGGCCAGCAGGCUGCGAAUUUGGAUCUCAGCUCAGUCAGCCUUGGCGCGCUGCGGAUGAGUAUUGCGUCGCGUCUGCAUUAUCAGUUCCAGCCGGGUCUGCCAAAGGAGUUUCUUAUGGAUGUUGCAGCGGAGAGGAAUCGAAUGAUGCUGCCUGGUGUUAUGCGGGGGGUUGAUGGUGGGGUGGCAGCCAGUGCGGCGGCGGCGGCGGCGUCGGCUGGUGGCGUUAUGAUGGGUGGGAUGAGGUUGCCGCCUGAGCGAUUUUGUUUGACAGGGGUUGGGUGGGGACUGAAGGAAGAGUGGGAGAGUGAGGGGGAGGAAGAAACGGGCGAGGGAGAGAUGGAAAUUGAUGCUGAUGGGAAUAAUAAUAGUGGGCAGCAGCAAGCUGGGGGGACGGGCCAAGUGUCAAUCACGAACGAGAGAGCAGACGGAGGGGAAGAUGAAGAUGAUGGUGAUGGUGAUGGAGCGAUGGAGGAUAUAUUUGGUGAUGAGGGCUUGGAUGGGGAAGUGCGGGAUGAGGAUAAGACCAUGACAGAUGUUUGA